GGCGGUGAGAGCGGCGCGGCGCUGGGUGCUGGCGGGAUACACCGAGACGCGGAGCCGACGCGGCCGGCGCCGGGUUGGGGUCUCACUGCCUGCAGCCAUGACCCUCGCAGUCUGUCCUUCGGCCCCGGCCACGGGCUUCUAAUAUCUCACACAUUCGUGCGCGGCUGCGAGAGACUCGGCCGCUGCCCCGUCUUCGCCCUUGGCGCUUUAUCACACUCCCUUCCCGGGAGUCGGGAGCAGCGCGGGUAGCCGGCGCCCCCGUGCAAACUGGGGGUGUCUGCUGGACCACCCCCCGCCGCAGCCGCCGCCGCCGCCCCCGGCUCUGGCCAUGGCCUGGCGGGGCGCAGUGCCGAGCCUCCUAGGGGCGCCCGGGGGCGUCGAUCUCAGUCUGCGGCUGCUGCUGCUGUUGCUGCUGCUCCUGGAGCCAGCGCGGGGCUUCGGGGACGAGGAGGAGCGGCGCUGCGACCCCAUCCGCAUCUCCAUGUGCCAGAACCUGGGCUACAACGUGACCAAGAUGCCCAACCUGGUGGGGCACGAGCUGCAGACAGACGCCGAGCUGCAGCUGACAACUUUCACGCCGCUCAUCCAGUACGGCUGCUCCAGCCAGCUGCAGUUCUUCCUUUGUUCGGUUUAUGUGCCAAUGUGCACAGAGAAGAUCAACAUCCCCAUCGGCCCAUGCGGCGGCAUGUGUCUUUCAGUCAAGAGGCGCUGUGAACCCGUCCUGAAGGAAUUUGGGUUUGCCUGGCCAGAGAGCCUGAACUGCAGCAAAUUCCCACCCCAGAAUGACCACAACCACAUGUGCAUGGAAGGGCCAGGUGAUGAGGAGGUGCCGCUACCUCACAAAACCCCCAUCCAGCCUGGGGAAGAGUGCCAUUCCGUAGGCACCAACUCGGAUCAGUACAUCUGGGUGAAGAGGAGCCUGAACUGUGUUCUUAAGUGUGGCUAUGAUGCUGGCUUAUACAGCCGCUCAGCCAAGGAGUUCACGGACAUCUGGAUGGCCGUGUGGGCCAGCCUGUGCUUCAUCUCCACUGCCUUCACGGUGCUCACCUUCCUGAUCGAUUCCUCCAGGUUUUCCUACCCUGAGCGCCCCAUCAUAUUUCUCAGUAUGUGCUAUAAUAUUUAUAGCAUUGCUUAUAUUGUCAGGCUGACCGUAGGCCGGGAAAGGAUAUCCUGCGAUUUUGAAGAGGCAGCAGAACCUGUUCUCAUCCAAGAAGGACUUAAGAACACAGGAUGUGCAAUCAUUUUCUUGCUGAUGUACUUUUUUGGAAUGGCAAGUUCCAUCUGGUGGGUUAUUCUGACACUCACUUGGUUUUUGGCAGCGGGACUUAAAUGGGGUCAUGAGGCCAUUGAGAUGCACAGCUCUUAUUUCCACAUCGCCGCCUGGGCCAUCCCUGCAGUGAAAACCAUUGUGAUCUUGAUUAUGAGACUGGUGGAUGCGGAUGAGCUGACCGGCCUCUGCUAUGUUGGGAACCAAAACCUCGAUGCCCUCACGGGCUUUGUGGUAGCUCCCCUCUUCACUUACUUGGUGAUCGGAACUCUGUUCAUCGCCGCUGGUUUAGUGGCCUUGUUCAAAAUUCGGUCCAAUCUGCAAAAGGAUGGGACAAAGACAGACAAGUUGGAAAGGCUGAUGGUCAAGAUCGGGGUCUUCUCAGUCCUGUACACAGUGCCUGCCACCUGUGUGAUUGCCUGUUAUUUCUAUGAAAUCUCCAACUGGGCACUCUUCCGGUAUUCUGCAGAUGACUCCAAUAUGGCAGUGGAAAUGUUGAAAAUUUUUAUGUCUUUGCUGGUGGGCAUCACUUCAGGCAUGUGGAUUUGGUCUGCCAAAACUCUGCACACCUGGCAAAAGUGUUCUAACAGAUUGGUGAAUUCUGGGAAGGUAAAGAGAGAAAAGCGAGGGAACGGUUGGGUGAAGCCUGGGAAAGGCAAUGAAACUGUGGUAUAAGGCUACCCGGGCUCCACACUUUCCAAAUUUUGAAGGGGGGGGUAGGGGAAUGCUAGCAUUUUGGCUCAAGUGCGACUAAAAGUUUCCUGCGGUGAAUCUCAGUUUGAGCAAACUGGCAACACUUAAGUGACCCCUAUAAGCCACCGCCAUCUGCCCCCCCCUCCCCAGCAUCAUAAAAGGAAUGAUUUUGCUGCAGACUUUGGAAUGAUCCAAAAUGGAAAAGCCAGUUAGAGGCUUUCAAAGCUGUGAAAAAUCAAAACAUUGAUCACUUUAGCAGGUCGCAACUUGGAGCGUGGAGGUCCUGCCUAAAUUCCAGGAGGGUCCAGGGCGAUGCUGCUUUUCCCUGCAGAGUGAGAUCUGAGCUGUGAGUAGGUGACUCGCAGGGAGAAAGAUUAACUUUUUUAACCCUUAAAAUCUUAAAUACUAACUGGGUCUUUCAGAUAGCAAAACAAUCUAUAAACACUGGAGAUACUGGGUUCAGACAAGUGUUACAAGAGUUUUAUAGUUGGGCUGAUCUAACAUAAACAUUUUCUGUGGUGCGCUGUCUGCUGUUUAGAACUUUGUGGAUUGCUAUCCCAAGAGGUGGUGUCAGAAUCUUUCAGUGCCUUUGUCAUAAAACAGAAUUGUUUGAAAAACGAAAGUACUGUACAAACACACAUAAGGUAUCCAGUGGAUUUUUCUUCUCUCUUCCUCUUAAAUUUCAAUAUCCCUCUUCUAGGCUGCUGCUGUUUUCUUCAUUUUACAUUAAUGACUCAAAAUAGGUAUUUUUAUAGGAUUUUUUUUUUUUUGUACUGCAGCAUGCCUAAUGAGGGGGAAAGUAAGGUGAUUCACUUUCUGACAAUCAUUUAAUUCAGAGGAAAAUGAGAUUUAUCAAGUCGACUUACCUUACCAACCCCGGAGACCUAUUGCAUUGAGCAAUGGGGACUUAAUAUAUUUUACUUUGUGUGAUUGCAUCUAUGCAGACGCCAGUCUGGAGGAGCUAAAAUGUUAAGUUUCUUGGCAACUUUGCAUUCACACAGAUUAGCUGUGUAAUUUGUGUGUGUCAAUUACAAUUAAAAGCACAUUCUUGGACCAUGACAUAAUAGUAUACUCAACUGACUUUAAAACUAUGGUCAGCUUGCAUUCUCAGAGUGAUAGUGCCUUUCUUUCCUUUAGCCUAAGAAUGUUAUCAGUCUAGUCUACUACCACAAUGAAGACUUUUCUGUUUUGUAGAGAGAACUAAGGACAGCUAAUCCAACUACUUGGUGCAUAAUUGUUUCCUAGUAAUUGGCAAAGGCUCCUUAUAAGAUUUCAUUGGAGGCAGUGUGGCCUGGAGUAUUUAUAUGGUGCUUAAUGAAUCUCCAGAAUGCCAGCCAGGAGCUUGAUUGGUUAGUAGGGAAUAAAGUAUAAACCAUAUGAAAUGAACUGCAAACUCUUAACAACACAGGUCUUAAUUGCCUUUUGCAGGGGUAUCCAGAGCUUUUAAAAUUUAUGCUUUAUGUUCCUCACAAUGGGGUACCCCCCUAGCAGCCUCUCAAAAAGUUGCAAUUCUUUUAAAAUUGUAACUGGACUCUCUCUUAACCUGCUUUAGGCCUUCUAAUCGCCAGAUCUCUGGGACAAAUUGUUGACAGUGUCACAGGUUGCUCUCCUUGUAGCUCAUGCCUAUCUUUGCUUCAGCAACUACUUUGCAAUGACUCAUUUAUUUAUUCAUGCCCCACCCCACCCCCCUUUUAAAAACAGGUAGGAAACUCUUUUAUCACAUUUCUUUGUGGAAAAACAUUUCCAGGGACUCAAAUUCCCGAAUAGGUGGUCAGAUUCUGGAAAUACACGUGUCCUUUUCUGUGUUUUUGAGCUUUAUGUCCAUGGUUUGACGUUUUCCUUUCUUCUUUGUUUUUGGGGGCUCUUGAGCCGUCUGAGGUGAAGAUGCCUUUAAGGUCUGUUGUGUCUUUUGGGAGGGAAAGCCUUGGGGCUUUGAGGACAAAUGCUAACUGGGCACGGGUGGCCCCUGUUGUGUGUGUGCUGAGCCCGAGUACCUUGGCCAGACUCUGGGUCAGGGUUCUAGGAGCAUGAGAAAUGAUCCCCAGAAGGACCAGUUGAACUCCAUCUGAGACCACAUCGCCUACAGAAUACAAAAUGUGAACUCCCUGUGCUGCUUGCAGACAGUUCCCAGAGCUGGCCGGGGCCCUGGAGCACGCACCCAGGGGCAGAGCCUGCCCUUACUCACGCUCCACUCCAGCGUCUAGGGAGUUGUGCUGAGACUCCAGCCCAGGAAAGGAAAGAAGGACGGUGCAGUGGGGCUCUGGCUUCACUGUGAGACUGUAGGGCUUUGUCAGGCAAUUGUGUUUCUAAUGUUUCAGUGAUUUUGUGACCCAAGCGGCACCUAGCAGGGCCAGGCACAGAGUAGGUGCUCAAUAUUUGUGAAUAAUGAAAUAAUAAUAAGAGUACUUGGGUGAACCUCUACACCCGAGUUCUGGAGCUAGUGCCCUGACAACUUUCUGGGUUUUAACAUGUCCCUUCUGCAAAUCGCUCGUCUUCUCAGGGGAGAGUAUAUUUGAUCAGAAGUGGCUGUCGGUGCAGAUUGGAUAAGUAGCCCGAGCAAUGUCACAGGGCUGGGGGCCUUUCCUUUCAGGGUCCAGACAGUGGAGAGUGUUUACGGUUUCAGGAAAAGAGCUUUGUGUCUGAGGUCAGUUACCAGUUACCUUGAUGCGACUCCAUCACCUCUUAAGCUGGUAUUUGUUUAAAAAAAAAAAAGUCAAUUAUUAGCACAUUUAUUGAGUGCCCACUCUGUAUAAAGCCCUGUGUUGGGUACCUUGGGGGACGUCGAGGAGUACAAGCUCUGUCCUUCUCACUGACCUGGACUGAGAUUGCUCCUGGGUCUGCUGAAUUUUGCUGUUGGUUGGUUUUGGGGAAGGAGGACGGGCCUCUGAAUGGUCAUCUGUUCCACUGUCUCCCAUCCCAUAAGUGCUUCCUGGGUCUUUCUACCUGUACUGUUUCUCUCAUCCCUCCCCACAAUUCCCUGCUAGUCAAUUACAGGGGUUUUGACAAAGUGCCUCAGCCCUGUUUCAUGACCACCUUUGUGGAGAUCCCUGAGGAAGACUGUGAACACUGGCUGAAAGGAUGUGAGCUCCCACACUUCAUGUGGCUGUGGGAGCCGCCAUGAGGGGCUUGGGGUAUUCCAUGUGAUGUGCACAGAGGAAUUUGAGGACAUCUUGCUAGGGAAAAGGUUAGGGCUUUUGUUUUUGUUUUUGUUUUGUUUUUUAAUUCUAGAAUAAGUAGGGAUGAUUGUAGCUUCCCACAAAGUGCCUUGGCCUCCGGAGAUUUUAUUCAACGGAUAAAAUCUGCUCUGGCAAACCCCUCUUUCUCUGCUCUGGCAAACCCCUCUUUCUCUGCUCUGGCAAACCCCUCUUUCUCUGCCUAAAGGCCACCCUUCAGGGAAGAGGAACAUGGGGUAGGGUGGAACUGGCCAGAACCAUCUGGUUGAGCUACUUGGUUGAUUCAUAUCCUUUUUCCUCCCUUUCCCUGAUCUCUGAGACGGCUUCUGAGCUGGCAGUCCUGAAACCAGAGAAGGGGGUGACACUGUUUACUUCCCUGAGAUGCUCUCUGACUUUCCCCUCCCCGUCACUCCCUCACCUGCACCCUCAAGCCCAGAAUCAGGGACACCUCUGUGUUGAGGUUCUGAAUUGUACUCUUUACCAGCACCCUGAGCUCUAUCUUCUCUGGUCCCCCCCCUCCCCAGCCUCCUGGUCACUGAAUUCAGGGCUUACUGUGUUAGCAACCAAGCUGGGACCCGAGGACACAGAGGAGCUUGACAGCCUCAGCCGUGGCGCACAGACGCAGUUUACAGGGAUGUCACCAGGCUGGUGCAGUCUCUGGCUUCUGGGGAAGUGGCCCCAGCAGCAGUCAGUGGCGAGAGCCACGGGGCGCAGACUCUGGAAGGAGCCCCCAGGAUCAAGCUACGUCCUGAAUUUCAUUCUGUGAUGGGAGAGAUUGGAGGGAGUUGCCUUUCUAGGCAAUUAUGUCGAGUCACUGGACUCUAACGGUUCCUGGUGUUCUUUUAUUUACUUGGGUUCAGAGUCCUCCUCUGGGUUUGUGUAAUGUCUGGCAGAGAACCCAGGUUAUCAUUUUCCCUCUGGGCCUAGGUCAUAGAUCUUGGAAUCUCCUAGAAGAGCAUUUUGCUCCUUCCGAGGAUCAGUUACCCGAGCCUUAAAUAAUGGAUUUUGUUCUCCUGUGGCCUGCUCAGAGCGCUCUGCCGCUGCGGCUUGCCACGCGCAUGUGCGGUCAUGCCACGCUGGCUCUCACCAAGAGGGAAGUGAGCCCUGACCCUCCCCAGCAGGCCUCUUCCCCUCGGGCAGCCCAUUGGCUCUGUAGCAGACUGUUCCUGUUUCUGAUUCACCUUAUUUCCCCUCUUCUUUGCACCAGCGAAUUCCCCGUAUUUGCUCAGGCAAUUCAGAGAGGGUCCGUUUGGGGUCCUCUGUGAGCCAUGUCCUCCAGUCUUUGGUGGCUCCCUGAGCUCCUGCAAUAUUCAAUAUAUGACCACUGUCAUCUCAGAGGGGCUUCUGAGAAGAGGGGAGGGAGCAGCGCUGCUCCCUGAAGACUGGUCCAUCUUCCCCCCAGAAUGUGCUCCUCUCCAUGUCCACUCAUGGGCUUGGGCCCCAGCUUGGUUGUGCACUUUGGGAGGGGGAGGCUGCUGUCUCUCUUCCGGUGGGGCAUCUAGGUGGUUCUGAAUUUUUUCCUACCUCACAGGGAUGUUGUGAGACUUUCGAAGGUCUGAGGAUGAAAGGCCCCUUGAGCUCUUUGCAGGAAAGGUGGAAUCAAUAUCAAGCAUGAUUCAUGACAAGACGAACUGGGACUAGCAUGGCUGUGCAGAAGGCAGGCUGGUGCCCUGUGGCCUGUCCCUGGAUCCCCGUGCUGCCCUGCAGCUCCAGCCACCUUGAGGCCAACCCGGGGGGCCUUCAGAUAUUCAACACAGAGGUACCAGGCAAAGCCCUGCUACCUGUGCCCUAACGAAUUACUGAACAUCAAGGAAAAGGACCCUGCUUUUAAGGGUGUACAAACGUGUGUCUGCAUUGAUGUCUGUACUGUAAAUUUCUAAUUUAUCACUGUACAAAAAAAAUAAACUUUGCUAUUUAAUUUUUGUAUUAAAGGAAAA